AUGGCGACCUUCAACGUCCGCACUCUAAGACAAACAGGUCAGCAGGCUGCACUCGCACGCACCUUGGACACACUGGGUGUUGAUGUGUGUUGUGUGUCCGAAACUAGGAUUAGUGACCCUAACGGGGUUAUUGAAUUGACUGCACCCGGCUUAUCCUCUCGUUAUUGGUUGCACGCAUCCGGAGACGCCGAUGCGGCACUCACCGGUCAAGCUGGUGUAGGUAUCAUUCUCAGCUCCAAGGCUGAGUUAUCGUUGGUUGAUUGGAUUCCGGUGAACAGUCGUUUAUGUGCAGCCCGUUUGACGACAUCAGCUAAGGUGAAUUUGCGAAGUAAAACAAAACGCUGUUUGUUUGUGAUUUCUGCUUAUGCUCCCACGGACUGCAGUUCUAAUGCAGUCAAGGACACUUUCUAUCACGAACUGAACACGCUGCUACGCAGUGCUACUAGUUCAGAUAUUAUAGUACUUGCAGGGGAUAUGAACGCACAAGUAGGGCGUCUGAGCUCUUCAGAAGCUCAGCUGGGUGGUAAGUAUAGACUUAACUCCGAACGGACUGACAACGGCGAGCGUCUGCUGCAACUGUGUGCGGAGCACCAGUUGUUUCUUACUAGCGCUGCUUUUAGACACAGUGGGCGCCGAAGUGCCACUUGGCGUCCACCUGUAGCUGGUCAGCGAUGGACCUAA